AAACAGAGCCGAAGCUCGGUUUUCGGACUCGAAGAGGCGCGCGCGUCCCCGGGGGUUACCUUCUUCGGUUGUUUCCGGAAUUUAUCCUUAGUCGGUGGCUGAGAGGAGAAGGCACGUCCCCCUCCCUUUCCUAGACGCUUCGGAUGUUUCCGGCUGCAGCAGGCGGAAAGAGCCGAGGGCCGGCGGUGGUGGCGGCCAUGUUGGGAGCAGCAGGUCCGGCGGCGGCUGCCUGUGUGCCGGGCGCGGAGCAGUGCCGCUGAGGGCAGGGGAGGAGCGAGGCAGGCGGCCGGCUGCGGCGGCAGAGAGUAGGCGGAGCGGCGCGGCCCGGCCGAAAGGCGGCACAGCCCAGCCGGGGGUCGGGGGGGUGCGGUCCGGAGCCGCUCGGAGCCGGCGCGGCCUAGCCCGAGCGGCGCAUCCCCGGGCUAGCGUGAGCGGCUGCCCGGCCUCCCCGCACCCCCGGCCGGGGCCCAUGCGGCGGGUGCUCGUACUGUGAGAAGCCCCGCCCGGCCGGGCUCUGCGCCUUCCCUUCCCUCCCUUCCUUCAAGCUUCUSGGUUCCCUCCCCUGAGAUACCGGCGCCAUGUCCAGCGCCCGGACCCCCCUACCCACGCUGAACGAGAGGGACACGGAGCAGCCCACCUUGGGACACCUUGAUUCCAAGCCCAGCAGUAAGUCCAACAUGCUGCGGGGCCGCAACUCGGCCACCUCUGCUGACGAGCAGCCCCAUAUUGGCAACUACCGACUCCUCAAGACCAUUGGCAAGGGUAACUUCGCCAAGGUGAAGUUGGCCCGGCACAUCCUGACUGGGAAAGAGGUAGCUGUGAAGAUCAUCGACAAGACUCAACUGAAUUCCUCCAGCCUCCAAAAACUCUUCCGUGAAGUGAGAAUAAUGAAGGUUCUGAAUCAUCCCAACAUAGUUAAGUUAUUUGAAGUGAUCGAGACUGAGAAGACACUGUACCUUGUCAUGGAGUACGCCAGCGGCGGAGAGGUCUUUGAUUACCUAGUGGCUCAUGGCAGGAUGAAAGAAAAAGAGGCUCGAGCCAAAUUCCGCCAGAUAGUGUCUGCUGUGCAGUACUGUCACCAGAAGUUCAUUGUUCAUAGAGACCUAAAGGCAGAAAACCUGCUCUUGGAUGCAGAUAUGAACAUCAAGAUUGCGGACUUUGGCUUCAGCAAUGAAUUCACCUUUGGGAACAAACUGGAUACCUUCUGUGGCAGUCCCCCUUAUGCUGCCCCAGAACUCUUCCAGGGCAAAAAAUAUGAUGGACCCGAGGUGGACGUGUGGAGCCUGGGAGUCAUCCUCUACACACUGGUCAGCGGAUCUCUGCCUUUUGAUGGACAGAACCUCAAGGAGCUACGGGAGCGGGUACUGAGAGGAAAAUACCGUAUUCCAUUCUACAUGUCCACGGACUGUGAAAACCUGCUUAAGAAAUUUCUCAUUCUUAAUCCCAGCAAGAGAGGCACUUUAGAGCAAAUCAUGAAAGAUCGGUGGAUGAAUGUGGGGCAUGAAGACGAUGAGCUGAAGCCUUAUGUGGAGCCCCUCCCCGACUACAAGGACCCCCGGCGGACAGAGUUGAUGGUGUCGAUGGGUUACACACGGGAAGAGAUCCAGGACUCACUGGUGGGCCAGAGGUACAAUGAGGUGAUGGCCACCUAUCUGCUCCUGGGCUAUAAGAGCUCUGAGCUGGAAGGUGAUACCAUYACCUUAAAACCUCGGCCUUCAGCUGAUCUGACCAAUAGCAGUGCCCCAUCCCCAUCCCAUAAGGUACAGCGCAGCGUCUCAGCCAACCCCAAGCAGCGGCGCUUCAGUGACCAGGCCGGUCCUGCCAUUCCCACCUCUAAUUCCUACUCUAAGAAGACUCAGAGUAACAAUGCAGAAAAUAAGCGGCCUGAAGAGGACCGGGAGGCAGGGCGGAAGGCCAGUAGCACCGCCAAAGUGCCUGCCAGCCCCCUGCCGGGCCUGGAGAGGAAGAAGACCACCCCUACCCCCUCCACGAAUAGCGUCCUCUCCACCAGCACAAACCGAAGCAGGAAUUCCCCACUUUUGGAGAGGGCCAGCCUAGGCCAGGCCUCCAUCCAGAACGGCAAAGACAGCACAGCCCCCCAGCGUGUCCCUGUCGCCUCCCCCUCCGCUCACAACAUCAGCAGCAGUGGUGGAGCCCCAGACCGAACUAAUUUCCCCCGGGGUGUGUCCAGUCGAAGCACCUUCCAUGCUGGGCAGCUCCGACAGGUGCGGGACCAGCAGAAUUUGCCCUACGGUGUGACCCCAGCCUCUCCCUCUGGCCACAGCCAGGGCCGGCGGGGGGCCUCCGGGAGCAUCUUCAGCAAGUUCACCUCCAAGUUUGUCCGCAGAAAUCUGUCUUUCAGGUUUGCCAGAAGGAACCUGAAUGAACCUGAAAGCAAAGACCGGGUGGAGACGCUCAGACCCCACGUGGUAGGCAGUGGAGGCAAUGACAAAGAGAAGGAAGAAUUCCGGGAGGCUAAGCCACGCUCACUGCGCUUCACGUGGAGUAUGAAGACCACGAGCUCCAUGGAGCCCAACGAGAUGAUGCGGGAGAUCCGCAAGGUGCUGGACGCCAACAGCUGCCAGAGCGAGCUGCACGAGAAGUAUAUGCUGCUGUGCAUGCACGGCACACCGGGCCACGAGAGCUUCGUGCAGUGGGAGAUGGAGGUGUGCAAACUGCCGCGGCUGUCUCUCAACGGUGUCCGGUUUAAGCGGAUAUCAGGCACCUCCAUGGCCUUCAAAAACAUUGCCUCCAAAAUAGCCAAUGAGCUGAAGCUUUAACAGGCUGCCAGGAGGGGGGCAGCAGAGGCCUGCCAGCCGGACUUGGCUGCUGGGGCCUGCCCCUGUGCCCCACCUGGGCGAGACUGCAGCAAUGGAUUGGCGUGUCUCCCCUGCUGGCACUUGUCCCCUCCCUGGCCCUUCUUGUUUUUUUUCUUCCAUGUUGUGGGGGAUGGGAGAUGUUUCUUCCCCAUCCCACAUUCACCCUGCCCAGAAAUCCCUCCUUCCCCUCUCUCCCCACCGGAGGCAGGGACGGGGAGGGGCGGUGGGGGGGCAGGGCUCCCCCUCGGUACUGCGGUUGCACAGAGUAUUUCGCCUAAACCAAGAAAUUUUUUAUUACCAAAAAGAAAAAAAGAAAAAAAAAAUCCCAGCAGCCACCUUUCCUCCCUGCCCCAUUGGGACAGUUGAGACUGGAUCUGUGGGGUUUCCCGGGAGGGUGGCUCAGGGCUGGAACACUCUCAGGCAAGAGUGGUGGAGUUCCCUGGCAGGCCCUCCGCCAGGCCCACUUUGGGCUUCUCCCCUCUCCUCCCCUCCUUACCCUCCAAGCGAACCACCAGAGGUGGCCUUCCCCUGCCCUCAGGCCCCUGGGCUGCAGGCCUGGGCAGCUGGGGGCUGGGCGGGGGUGCUGCACAGCCCUGGAGAGGACAGGGCCGUGGGCGGGCAGGCGGCAGGGGCCCAAGCCUCCCUCCACACUGUAUCCUCUGCCCCCCUCCCCAGAGCUGGGCAUUCCUUCCACAAGCUGCUGUGGGGACGUUUGUUCCCCUCCUCAAAAGUCUGUGCCAUCUUCUCCUACCCCUCCCAGCAGAAGGAGGGCUGACCCGGGGCUGGGAGAGGGGAGGGGACUGCGGGGCAGAUGGGCUCCUCGGCCCCCAGGGGGCCACUUGGGCUGCUCAUCUCCCUGACAGGGACGCUGGGCUUCUCCGUUCUGGGAGAGUCUUUGUUUCCUGAAAGCACAGCCCCUCGCCAUCCCUCCUCCCCACUGCUUCCCCGUCAUUGGCAUUAAUCUGGGCACCAGCUCGCUCCACAGCAGUGACUGCCCGCACCACUCUCAUCUCGGCCUUGCCUUCUUCUUCCUGACACUGUCGCCCCUCCUCUCAGGAGACUGCCCAGGGCCUCCAUGGCCGCCUGGCGGAAGGCUGGAUUGGGCGGCAGGGCCCGGAGUGUCUGCCUCCCUGGGGUGGGGACAGAUGGGCGAAGCGACCCCCCGCUUGCUAACCUCGGCCAGUGUGGGAGUGGGUGGCUGUGGGCGCUUGGCUGGUGGUGGCCACUGCAUCCCUUAAUUUAUUUCUCUGCUGUUUCAGUUCUUGAGAAAUGGGGGGAGGGAGUCCGACAGGCUGCCCCUGCCCUCACCUGAGUUGUACAUUUUUUUGUGAUGGGUUUUAUUUUUUAUUUUAUUAUUUUAUUAUUAUUAUUUUUUUGAUUUAUGAUGACUCCACCCCUGUUCAUCACCCCCACUCCCAGGCCAGGCUCAGCAACACAUCAGAGCCCUUGAGUCCCAGGAAGGGGCCUCGCCAACCUCAGCCCUCCUUACCCCCUGUUCCACCAUGGCUCCGGCUCAGACCAAGGGCUCCCCCUCCCUCCCUCCUCCUGCCCUACGGAACAGUCCGGGUGCUCCUAGGGGGCCGGGAGGGCAUGGCUUGGCUCCCAAGGGGAGUGGGGGCCAGGGGCACCCAGGCCAGGUGGCCCCUCCCCACCUAGCCCCUUCCUCCCACCCGGCCCUGCACUUAGUUUCUCCUCUGGAUCAAACACGUAAUAA